AACACAGCUGGAUUGAUAACCACCAAGACCCAGCGAUAAUCAUACGUGUCAUCUUCCUCUUUAUUAUCAUUCUUCAGUCUGCGGUGGUUGCGUGUGCGUUCUUCGCUCGUGCUUUGCUCGUGUUUAUUUUGCUUUGCCUGGAAGGUGAAAAGCAUACUCUCGUGUUUUGCCAACAGAACGCCGGCCGGUUUGCAUAAACCCGUUUUUAGUUCGUGACUUACGCUGCAAUUGCAAUUUACGCGUGCAAUUUCGAUUUCAAGAACAAAAAGAGCAAACAAUGUCAACAAAAAAGAGCGCCGCCUGUGUGCCGGUUUUGGAACCAUUCAACGAACCCAGUUGCCCGCGCUUCGUACGACUGCGGCACUGUUUUUCCAACGAAUUUUCUCGCGCUCCUAGUUUCGUCGUGCGAUGCACGGGCAGAGUGAACAUUAUUGGCGAGCACAUCGAUUAUUGUGGCUAUCCCGUUUUCCCGAUGGCUAUUGAGCAAUCCGUUCUACUGGCGGUUGCUCCGUCCAAUGACAAUUUGUUGCACAUCAAAAAUGUCGACAGUGGCUUCAAGCCGUACAAGUGCAAUGUUCUUAACUUUAGUAUUGAUGUCCCGAGCUCCGGAGGACCCAGCUGGUAUCAAUAUGUGUUGUGUGGUGUUAAGGGAAUUUUAAGCAACUCAAAUUUAAACCACGAAGAACCUCGUGGAAUGUUCAUCAUGCUAUCCGGAAAUAUUCCAGCGGCUUCCGGGCUGUCCAGCUCCAGUGCUAUUGUCAGCGCAUCUGUUUUAGCAACUGCGUACCUGCACAAUACCACUCUUAAAAAAGAAACACUAGCUACAGUUUCAGCUGAAUGCGAAAAGUACAUCGGAACACAGGGAGGCGGUAUGGACCAAGCAAUCGCUUAUCUAGCCCAGGAAGGGUGCGCUCAAUUGAUAGAGUGGAAUCCGCUCCGAGCGACUCCUGUUCAAUUGCCGGCAAAUGCGGUGUUUGUUAUUGCCAACAGCUUAUCAGAGGCUAACAAGGCUGCAACGUCCGACUUCAAUCAACGAGUCGUCGAGUGUCGACUAGCCUGCAGAAUACUGGCAAAGCAGAUGAAGCUUAACUGGCGCACUCUGUUUCGAUUUGCCGAUCUGCAGAAAGCUCUUGGGUAUACUCUGCAGCAAAUGGAAGGUCUGGUGAACAGCAACCUGACACAGCUUUCGUACACGAGACCGGAUGUACUAAAAAUGCUAGAGGUUUCCGACGAUGACUUCUCAGAAAAUCUACUUACUGCCAAUACGCGUACUGCCCAGGCAUUCAAGCUCAAGCAACGUGCCCUUCACGUGUUCCAAGAGGCGUUGCGCGUUGAGCAGUUUAUUGAAAUAGCAAAAACCAUGCCAGACGAUGCUAUUGAUCGUAUGAAAAUUCUUAUGAGGCAAAGCCACGAAAGCCUUAGGACGCUGUAUGAAUGUUCACACGAAAAUUUGGACAAAAUUGUCCAACUUGCUGACUGCAAUGGAAUUGGAACGCGACUGACAGGGGCUGGAUGGGGAGGAUGCACCGUGUCAUUGUGUGAUGGUUUGGAGGAAAGUAAGCGUUUCAUCGACGUGCUAAAACAGGAGUUUUAUGCAAACCAUGCCUCAUCGCAAUCCGAUCAGAUCGAUGUUCAUAUGUUUGCAACAAGCCCGCAACGAGGAGCGGAAAUCUAUUUAAUUGUAAAAUCCUAACGCUUAUCAGAAUCAAAUGUCAUCAAUCUAUCCGGAUGGCGUCUUCUGUUACCACGCUACUAGCACAUAGUUGAUCCCUAUAUAAUCUGGUGUAUCGCAUACGAUAUUUGAAGGAAAUUUAAAAAUAAAUAUCACUCGCACUCACUA